AUAUUUUUUCAGAGCACAGGUUUACGUCGAGCACGUGCAUACAUGACGCAACGACCUGCUUAACAAACCGGCCGCCCUCCUCUGACAGACAAUCCAAAAUGGCAGCCUCUAUCGGGAGACUUCUGAGGACAUCUGCUAAGGUUGCAGCAGGAGGGUUGAAAGUCACAGCCUCCUGUCAGCGUGGAGCGUCUGGAGCUAGGAGGAUCCUCAGCGCGCCGUCACUGCAGAGAGCCGGUUUCUCUACCAGCGCUUCCAGAUGGGCCCCUGCUGUCACCCAGGCGGCUCCUGAUUUCAAGGGCACAGCUGUCAGCAAUGGCGAGUUCAAGGAGAUGAGCCUCGCUGACUUCAAGGGCAAAUACCUGGUCCUCUUCUUCUACCCACUGGACUUCACCUUUGUAUGUCCGACAGAGAUCAUCUCAUUCAGCGACAAGGCCAACGAGUUCCACGAUGUUAACUGUGAGGUGGUGGGCGUGUCUGUGGACUCUCACUUCACCCACCUGGCAUGGAUCAACACGCCACGCAAGACUGGAGGCCUGGGUCACAUCCACAUCCCCUUACUGUCCGACCUCAACAAGCAGAUCUCUAAAGACUACGGGGUGCUGCUGGAGGGUCCAGGCAUCGCACUGAGAGGCCUGUUUCUCAUCGAUCCAAACGGCGUGGUGAGACACAUGAGUGUGAACGACCUCCCAGUGGGCCGCUGUGUAGAAGAGACGCUGCGCCUGGUGAAGGCCUUCCAGUUUGUGGAGACCCACGGUGAGGUGUGUCCAGCCAGCUGGACCCCCGAGUCCCCGACGAUCAAACCAACACCAGAAGGAUCCAAGGAGUACUUUGAGAAAGUCAACUAAAGACGGAGUUCAUAACUAACAAUAAAUGUACACUUAGUUUAAAUAUCAAUUUGAGUAUGCUAAUAAAUAUAUUCUUUAUAAAUGUCA